AUGCCUUCUUCUUCCAAUACUGGAGUAUCAGACACAUUGGACCCCAUGGCGGUUGUAUCAGACGAUGAGAUACUAUCCGAGGGAGAGGUUUACACGUCGGAUACCACGAGCACGGAUGAAGACGAUUUCCAGCCCUUCGCGUUGCCGGAUCUCGGUAACGAUGCCCAGCACGCUGAUGGUAUUCCUGAUGGGGAUCUACCCCUUGCCUUGAUCCCUGCUCCCAUUCCACUUGCUGCAUUUCCCGUAGGGGAUUUGCCACUCGAUGUUGUGUCCGAUGACGACAUCGAUCUUUUCGAGGGUCCCCCUGAGGAUGACCAUGAGGGUGGGGCCCCGAUUGCUGAUGAUGUCGCCAUUCCUUUGGAUGAGGUUCCGAUUGCGGAUGCUGUUGUUUUACCGCCUGCUGAGGCUCCUGUGGAGGAGGCUCCUGCUGAUUCACCUGGUCCAGACUUGUUCGAGUCUGUGGCGUCCGCUUCCUUGCAAGACUGGGGCGUGCAGCACUACUCUCCUAGUAUUGACCCAGACAUAGCGAUGUCAGCUGCACCUGGUUCACCCCACGCGUUUGAGUUUGAUCAUGAGUUCGAGGACGAGUUUGAUCCAGUUUUUCCUCCUGAUUUUGAUCCCGAUCACGAGAUCGAGUUUAUUCCUUUGGACCAGCCAUUGGAGGCACCAGUGGCUCCUAUUGAUCAGUUUCUUGAUAUACCUGCCGACCUUGAUAUGGACUUUGUCGACCCUGAGCCUGUCGUGGCACCAGAGCCUGUUAUUGCUCUUGAUCCUGUACCGGUGCACGACCCUGUUCUUAUGGAUGCACCAGCUAUUGCACCACCUAUUGUUGAUAUUCCCAUUGUUGCACCACCAGUGGUGGAUGAUCCUAUUGCUGAUGCACCCGCGCAUGCACCACCUUUUGUCGACCAUGCACCCUUUGCUACGCAUGUCGACACUCGAUACGCCGACACCCGUAACGGGUGGAUCGACGAUGAUGAUUAUCCCCCGUUCGUGCUACCAGUCACUCCUCCUAUAGCACCUGUUUCUGCACCUAUUGAUGUUCCCUUUUUCCACCCACACAUCUCUGAUGUCCAUCGCACCAAUCUUCCCAUCACAUUCCUCCAGGACAUUCCCCCACCACGUCCUGGGGAGGGUUCAUCGAGGCAGCAGCCUACUUACGUUCCACCUGUAUCAUCAUCCGUUCCGUUCAUGUCCCAGUUCCCUCACACUACACCACCUUUUGUACCUUCAGGCAAGCCGUUUCUGUGGGCUUCGCCCAAUGUUAUGCCGCUAUCAGACCUGUAUCACCCGUUCCAUGUUGGACACACUACAGAGGACAUACUCAUCUCCCUUCAGCUACAGCAGGACGCACUGAGUCGUCGCGUUCAGGAGUUAGAGAGAGCUCCACGUCCUCCAUGUCACUGUCAGACUCCUUUUGUCGCACCACACACUCCCCUCCCGCUACCCCCGAUUCGGAUGUUCGUUUUCUUACACCUGAGCAGCAGAUUGCCUAUUUGCUAUGCGUUAUUCAUACCCUUGAGGAGGAUUGGGUGCACAUGCGCCGUUUGCUCUUCUCUUAUCUUCCUCCUCUUCCUCCACCAUCAGCGUAGCUAG